UGUUGUCGGGGCGCAAUGGCGGUUUUGUGAUGGCGUUGUGUGCUCAUGCAUGUGCUGCUCCGUGGGUCUCAUGCCAUGGCAAAUGCGUCGCAUGUCGAGUCUCUGCAUACGGACUCUCAGCUGAGCGCACCGGACAGCAUCGCUCUGAUUGACGGGGACGUGCAUGGACUCCGCGUCAUCGUUUCUCCUUCCGGUGUCUUGCUUGAAAAGUCAGACACCGCCACGCCCGACGCCGACCAGCAGUCACCUCGUACCGUGCGGUUUCAACCGGGAGACCGGAAACGUUCCCGUGUACGGGGGGAUCUCUCCCCUAGCAGCAGCACUCGAAGGACGCGGUCGAGCUUCUGCUGCGACCACAGAGUGGGCGUGCUUUGCGUGGUUCUGACAACACUUCCGGCAGCGCUCAUCCUGGCCUACUGCCUUCGCCUAUGGACAACGGGCAACGUCCGCUGGCAGUCCUUCUGCCUCGAGUACGACAGCGACGCCUGCUUGGCAGCCAUGGAGGAGCUGCACGAGCUGCUGAGCCCGUCGGCGGAGCCGUGCGACAACAUGUAUUCCUACGCCUGCGACCAGUGGGACCGAAGCCCCGACGCGCUCGUGUACAACCGGACGUAUGUCGGGAGUUCCGUGUCCAAGCUGUACGAGACAGUCAACAGGACACUCCUGUCUGGUCCGACGCUGAGGCCCAACGUAUUUGGUCGCCACGUGCUCCAGGCGCUGUACACUUCAUGUUACGCAUCCCUCAGCGCUGCCAAGACCUCGCCGCUGGAAGUUCCUCGCGAACUGUCCGUGCUGCUCGUGGAACGCGAAUUGCGAGCUGGCUUGGAGUUUGCUCUCAACACAUCGUUGCAGUGGGGACUCGAGUUGCUGUGGGGAGCACGCAUGGAGCGCAACGGCUCGACAUCUAGCUACGUGAAUCUCUACGCGGGCCGAUCGAUUGCCGAUAAGUUUGAAGGAAGAGGCCGCAGCAUGACCGCGGACGCCGUGCGAUACCUCAAGCAGGUCGUUGAUGGUCUGGGCACGAAGCGCUUCACAACGAUGGUGGACGUAGCGACGCGGAUCGACGAAGCACUGCAGCACGAGUUGUGCUGCACGGAAGGUCACGACAGCACCUGGGUGCACGUGAACGACCUGGACGUGAUCAGCUGGUACAUCAAAGGCAAUCAGUGGUGGAAUGCCUUCGUCCGCUAUCUAUGGAAAGCGAAACCACGGGACGACUGGCAGAAGCGCCUCGUGGUCACGGGAUUCAAUCAUAUUAAGAACGCUUUCGCAACGUUCGAACAACAUCCAAAUGACGUCGCACUCUUCUACUUGUACCUGCUGGCUUCAGCGGAGGUGCUACAGUAUGACUACCGGAAGCACGUGCUCCGGAGCGGCAGUGAGGACUCCGGUGUGGUUUACGCCUGCAUGGAAGCAACACGGCGAGUCCUCUCGCCAUCGUGGCCCUACGUCAUCGCAGACGUCUCUGGCUACGCACACGUCACAGUCGCUGUCGGGGACAUGUACGAACAGCUCCUCUCGUUGAGCAAUGAGAGUCCGUACUCGACGUCCAUGGACAACGUGACCCGUUUCCGCGCCAAUAGCCAGAUGAACGUGCUGACGCUAGACGCCUUCCCUGCUUUCGUACCUAUAAAAGGCGUUGACAUCAUAAGAUUCAGGAACGAGUUCAGACUUCAAGGCGCCUUCGGUUCCGACUUCUUGCGGCUUCUCGGUACGUCCCAGACGUUGGUGCACGAUACUGAGCAGCGUGGCGGCCUGGACCGCCUCACCGAUGACCAGUCGAAAGGCGUCCUCGAAUUCUCCCUCCUGACCCGAAGCCUGGCGGUGCCGACUGCUUACACCCUUUCACCAGUUUUCUACGAUCAAGACGUUCCCGAAAGCUUGAACUACGGCACUCUUGGCAGUCUUAUUGCGAAGGAGAUGUCCGAGGUGCUAGCGCCCGGCAGUCCCGCCAUCACUACAGACGCCGCGACGGAAACGUCAGCCGAAUGGUGGACAGAAGCUUCUAGAAGGUCUUUCAACAAGACGAUGCAGUGCUGGCAGCGCUUGGCCAACAGGACGGAAGUGUACGGCAACGGUGGUGGGAGCAGCAGCAACAGCACCAGUGCAACCCCGGAAUGGGGCCUCCUCGAGCGUUCCCUGUUCGUAUGGAGCCGCGGUGCGCGCCUCGCCUUCGACGCGAUGCGCAGGGUGGCGCAGCGUCGAGCCCUGCACUUGACGCGAAGCGUUACCGCAGCCCAGGAGCAGUGGCAGAUGCAGCAGCGCGUCUUCUUCGCGCGCUUCUGCCUGCUUGCGUGCUCGGCGGCCUCCAACGGAAACGGAGGCAAACGAGGCGUGCUCUCUCCGCGGCUGCGCUGCAUGCUGCCCCUGGCCAACAUGCGUGAGUUCCACGCGGCCUACAACUGCACCGGGCUCAACGAGAGCAGCUACUGCCCCAGCCUGUGAUCCGAAGGGCAUUCCAUUAUGGUGCUUCACUGGUUUCUACGACACCUGUCUAAAACUGCGAAACAUUUUAUUUCAGUGUGACCCGCUUCUGUAUGCUUUCAAUUCACCGCGGAACUUGACCGAUAAACGUACUAACGCGUGCAGCAUAGAUUAGGGUGCCUCGAUUGAUGUCAGCCGCGAU